AGAAGCCACUGCUGCAGCCACUUAUUGUGUUUUUGUGUCAUGUUAUGGCUGGAGUAACUGCCAAACUUUUCAUGCUCUGCUUUACCAUUGUGGUACUCAUCUUGCCGAGGGCUUACUCUGAAGAUGUUGAGAGCAGUACGACACCCUCAUUUUAUGGAUCAACUAGUGCUGAAAAUUUCACUCCAACCGAGACAGUGACAGGAAUGGAUGGAGAGCUGGAGACAGAGAGGACAGUUCAAGACAAUGGUUCAGAUGCCAAAGAAACUAUGCAGACUGCAAAUUUUGUGUAUCCUGUAGGGGUGGUUGUUGUUGGAGUUCAUCGUCCUUUCUAUCCUCCUUAUUUUUACCGACCUUUCUAUCCUCCGCCUCCUCCCCCUCCCCCUCCGCCUCCUCCUCCUCCUCCGCCUCCUCCACAUUUCUUUCACCCAUGGAGGAGAUGGUGGGGGUAAUGUUUAACAUAUGUACAUUAAAAUUACAUCUUUAUGCAGAAUACUGUAAGCCUGAGAUGUUCAACCGACAGAAAGAAAAUGUUGUUACAACAGAAAGAUAAGCUUAAAAUAUAUGGUUUUAGUCCACAGUACAUAGUCAAUCAUUAGUUGUCAACAUAUCCUGAUUCAUCUUGAAACCUUAUUUUCAUCUCAAGGUAUAUUGUUUCAUUUGAAUAUUUAUUUUAAUUUAUUUUAUUUUGUAUACUGGAUUGUCACACUGAUUUUAAAUAGAAGCAACCAUAGCUCAACAGUGAUUAUAUGUAAAUUUAGUCAUAGAAUAUGCACUACAUUUGAAAAGCCACAGACUGAAUGUCUCUUCCAUCAAUCUUAUUGAACCUAAUGAUCUCCCUCUUUUUUCUUCUAAAAACAUU